GAGAGAUGAGAGGGACGAGGAAGUGACUCUUUAUCAACAAGAGGAAGUAGAUUCAUCCUUUGUCUUUAAGACGGAAGAAGCAGAGAGACGAGAGACGGAGAGGAACCAUGGCUGAAUUCAGAGGGAUUCAAACCUCUUUGUUCCUGAUUCUGAUGCUUCAGUUUACAGAAGCAGCAACAGGACAACGUCUCACUGUCAGAGAUGGAGAUGAAGUCACUUUGCCUUGUAACAGUGUGACUGAGGACCAGAACAACUGUGACUCUAUUGUGUGGCUCUUCACUUAUUUAAGAAGCAGACCACCAGUAGUUCUGGUUAGAAACGGGAAGAUUGAAAAAGCCAAAGCUGAAUCAGACAGACUGAGUGUUUUACAGAACUGUUCUCUGGUUAUGAAGAUGGUCACACGUGGAGAUGUUGGUCUUUAUGUCUGCAGACAGUCCAGAUCAGGACGACGACAUAAAGAUGCUGAGGUUCAUCUGUCUGUUGUUUCCAUGACUGAAGAGACGAACAGAGACGAGGUGACGUUAAGAUGCUCUGUGUGGACGUAUGAACGAUGUCCACGCACAGUGAAGUGGAUGAAUGGUGGUCAAGAUGUGGACAAAGACAAAGAAGUGAAGACAUCACGGAAUUCCUGCUUCGCCUCUCUGUCCUUUAAGACUUCUCACUUCUUUUACACAUCAAGCUUCACUUCAUUGAAGUGUGAAGUGACCGAUGGAGACAAAGUGAUGCAGUUUUCUCCCUCAGGUGAUAAAACAGGUGAAGACACAACAACAACAACAACAACAACUGAAGAGGACACAAAAGGAGGAGACACUACGAAAACUUCUAUAAUCAGAGAAGCUUCAGCAGAACCACAAAUUUGGGUCUACGUCCUUUCGGCCGUUGUUCUUGUUGUUCUCUUGAUAAUCAUCGUGUUUGUCGUCAAAUGGAAGAUCAACAAAGGUGAGAGAGGAGAUGAAACUCAAACACACUUUAAGAAUAUUGAUGUGUCCAUGUCCCUGAGCGGCCAUGUUGUCUCCUCCGUGCAGGCCGGUCCUGAAGACGGUGUGUCCUACGCCACCAUCAGCUACACCCAGAAGGCCGACAGUAAAGCCCAGUCUGAUGAUGAUGAUGAUGAUGACUGUGCUACACCACUGAAGCUGCUCUGCGCGUCGCACCACAUCGUUGUUGGUCGGAGUAACCAUGGCGAUGAUGCGGUGACCUACUCGACCGUGAAAGCUUCCUCCGCUGAUCCCAGCAACGUCUACGCCAGCAUCACCUGA